AUGUGGAAAGCUGUCUUACUGUGCUAUUUUCGCCGGUACUUUCUUUCUCGGCGUAUGCUAUUAUUUCCUAGUAUCAUUUGGGCUGCGGGUUGUGGAGCAUUUCAUGAAUCUAUUGCCCGACUAAAAUUAAAGUAUGGUGAUUUAUUUGCGAUUCAGCUCGGACGUGGUCGUGUUACAGUGGUUUCAUGCACAGACUAUAUUCGUCACAUUCUAACCGAUCGAAACACCUAUGAAAUAUCUGAAACAACCAAUCGUAAUUUCAAGCUAAUUUUUCCUACAGCUCUAUUGUCUAUAAAUGGCGAUGAUUUCAAGCGUCAUUCUCGCAUAAUGUUGCCAAUGUAUCGGAAGAAUAAAACAUUACCAUUUUUUGAUAAAAUUGUACUAUGUAUCGAUCGUUUUAUCGAGAAAGAAUUUUCCUGCCAAGAUCGUCGAAUUCAUAAGGAUCUUAUUGUGAAGUGUCAACAUGUGCUUCUGAACAUCAUAGCUAUAAUUGGUUUUGAUUAUGAUUUGGAAAGCGGUUCACGAAUGGACGGGGAAGCGCUUCAUCGAGCAUUCAAUGAUGUUAUCAAGUGUGCCAAUCGUUUCGCUCUGAUGGCCGGUAUUCCGUUGUGGAUAGCAAGAAUACGUUUAGCAAUUGAUUUUAAAUUUCAACGAGCUUUACGGAUUCUUCGACACUAUGUUAUACGUAUUAUAGAUGAAGAACAAAAACGACAACGCGACGAACAGCAAACAUUAACUAAACCGAAAAGUCUUAUAGCAUCAAUGGUGGCUGCAGCUGAAAGUGACCGACUAGAAAUGGGUUUAUCAAAAGCAUCGCUAAGUACCAGUGAACUUUUCGAUGAAGUAUCUUUGUCCAUGGUUGCCGGCUUUGAAACAACAUCUACAGCAUUAUCUUGGUUCUUUUUUUUAAUGUCAAAGCAUCCGGAUGUACAAGUAAAGAUUAAAGAAGAACUUCACUAUCAUCGUUUAACUCCCAGUGCUAUGAUUACGCCUGAAGAUUUAGACACAUUGGUCUAUAUUGAAUGCGUUAUGAAAGAGAUACUGCGAUAUGCUCCGAUCGCUGCUGCAAUUGUUCGUCAAGCAACGCGCGAUGAUAUAAUCAAUGAUAUUAUCGUCAAAAAAGGUGACAUUUUUUUAAUUGCGACGCAGAAUAUGCAUCGAGAUCCACGCUACUGGAAGAUUGAUCCGACAAAAUUCAUUCCUGAGCGAUUUCUUGACGAAGACAAACGUCCACCUCCAUACGCAUACAUGCCGUUCGGUGGCGGCCAUCGAGCAUGUAUCGGUCAAGAUCUGGCUUUGUUUGAACUCAAAAUUGCAAUUGCGCGACUUAUGCAACGUAUAACAAUCGAAGAUGCUGGCAAUGAGGCAAACAAUUCGGGUGGCUUCAUUCAACGUAUCACUUGCUUUCCAAAACAUGUGGCUGUGAGAGUUUACAUGGAUUCAGACGUGCAUGCGGGUGUGUAA